AUUAUUUAUUAUCUGUAUUAUGUUUUCUUGCACACUCUGUCAAAAGUUGAAUACUCGUAUCUCUGUCACGCUCGUCGACAAUCAAUGAGAAGAAUAAAGAUACAACUACUGUCAUUUUAUACAGAAAGCAGCUCCACUUGCGAACGGCAAAUAAUAACCUAUCUGGUAGUCAGCGCUAGCUGUGGCGACUUUGUGUAUUACCUAUUGGAAAAUCAUCUGAUACAUACCAACCAACCACGUUGUAAAAUUUUAACAGCAAUAUCAAACAAUUUUAUUUACAAUAAACAAUGGAGGAAUAUAUAUCAUCAAAAAAAUUAAGUGAAUCAGGCUGUUGCGUACCUGGUUGCAGAAAUUAUGGGAAAAAAAGAGGUGUGCAUUUUUAUUCAUUUUCUAACGUUAGUCACAAAAAACCUCAAACCGAAAAAUGGAUUAAAGCAAUAAGAAGAGUAGAUGAGGAUGGAACACCUUGGCGGCCGAACAAAGGGUCUAGGAUUUGUAGCCAACAUUUUAUUGGCAACAAGAAAUCAGAACAUCCGCUUAGUCCCAGUUUUGUACCUUCAAUUUUUCCAGAAGUAUAUUAUGGAAAACAGAUGAAUGAAGCGACUCAAAAACUUCUUCUUAAUCGAUUUCAGCGGACUAUGAAGCGACAAAUGGAAAGAAAGAUGGAAACUUUAGAUAACAAUAAUAAAAAAAAGAACAUUGAACCUCAAGAAAAUUACAAUUUGAUAAUUAUCAAAAGUGAAUUAGACAUUAAAGAUGAGCCCGUAGAUGUUUAUUCAGACAAAGAAACACAAGUUGAUUUUUUAGAACCUCCAGACCCUGCUCCACUUACAUUCAUUUGUAAUAAUUAUUUUAAUGAUUCUAGAUCUGAUGCUUCAACACAAGCUUAUAUUCCUUUAAUAAAAAAGUUUUAUAUAGCUAAACAACCAAAAUUAAAAUUAGUUGAAAAAGGAUGUGGUACUAGAGAACUAGGGCCUGACUUUGAAAAGUUAAAUAGUCCGGUUAUUUCCAAGCCUCCUGACGGUUUUCUCGGAAUGUCUUCUGUAGUAUGCGAUCAAGAACUAUUAGACCUUGCUGGUUUGAGGUUAGACGCAUUUAACAUUAUCCUUAAUGUUCUCAAAGAAGCUGAAAAAGGUUAUGGCCAGAAAAUAUCACUAGACAACAGAUUACUAAUCUUCUUUAUGAGAAUUAAAACCGGACUAUCUUUCUCUGCACUAAGUGUCCUUUUUAAAGUUCAUCGAACCAGUAUUUCGAGAACUUAUCAAUCUAUUUCGCAAGCUUUGAUGAAAAAUUUUAAAGAUUAUGUGACAUGGCGUAAAGAAGAAAAUGCAAUGUUGAUAACUGAUUUUAGAGCAGUAUUUCCUGAAUUAUUGAAAGCUGUGUACGCCAAGCAUAAGCCUGGCCAUUCUCAUAUUUAAGUUAUGAUGUAUUAAGUCUUUGUUAUAAUUAAUAGUAAUAAAUGAUCAGUAUUUUAUGAUAUAAACUCCUA